AUGCCGCGAUACACGCAGAAGCAACGAUUAUCCGCGAAACGAGAUUCCAUCAGGAAUGCCGGUAACUUGAAUCAAAGUGGCGAUGUUUCACAAAGGCAAAGUCUACCGGCGUUUACGGCUCAUGCUGCGCGAAAAAGUAUUGUAAAUGGGAAUGCAUCUUUCCAAAAUUCUCACGCUUCCAGAGAAAAUAGCGGAGACCUUGAGGGUAAAUUUUACGCUAGAAAAAGUUUUUACGAAGAGGAACGAAGAUCACUACCAAAAAAGACACCUUCUAGCGGACCAUUACGUAGAAGCACCCGACAAUCAGGUAUUGAUGGUGACAAAAAAACUGAAAAAACGCCCAGCACUACCGUACUUUCAAAAAGCAAGACUAAUGCGAAUAAAGUUAUUAAAAAAUCUAAGAAAUCAGUCCGUUCGCGUUCAUUUGCUGCAACACGUGUGCAUCGUCGUCGUAAGCCAGGCGUUCUAGCUUUGCAGCAAAUCCGACAUUAUCAAAAAGAAACUGGUAUGUUGAUCCCAAAAUUAAGCUUUCAACGACUCGUAAAAGAAGUUCUUCACGAUUACUCGCCGAUCGAUUAUCGUAUUCAAAGUGAAGCGUUGAGAGCUUUGCAAGAAGCUGCGGAAAUGCAUCUGGUUCGAAAGUUCGAGAAUGGUCAGUUGUGCGCGGUACAUGCCCAUCGCGUUACUCUUAUGACGCGAGAUUUUACGUUAUUAAAAAUGUUUGAAAAAUAA